AUGAGAUUCCACCUGGCUACUUCCCUCCCAGAGGCAGGCGUGUCUUCUCCACAACACUCCCCACGAGCCCCCACCGCAGCCGCCACCGCCUCCCGAGGCGGGGGAAGUGCCCCCGGCCCUCCGCGCCGCGCCUCCCCCCGCGGCGAGCCCCCGCCUCACGCCGCCCCCCGCAUCCACCUGAGCCGCCCCGCGGGGCCUCCCCCGAGCGCGUCCCCCGACACAGCCCCUACUCCCUACAUACCCCACCCCCCCGCCGCCGCCGCCCUCCACCUCCUCCGCGCUUAUCUCAUCCCCGUACCCCCCUUCCCCAGCCCCCCUCACACCUCCGCCCCGGCCCUCCCUCCCCCCCACCCCCCUUCCCGCGGGCAGCGCUGCGGGCUCGGCGGAGCGACGCCGGGCCGCCCCCUCCUCCCUCUCCUCCUCCUCCUCUUCCCUCUCCUCCCCCCUUUCGCGGGUCACGGGCCGCCGCCGUGCGCGGCCGAGGUAGGCAGCGCGGUGCAAGGGAAGGAAAGGAGGGGAAAGGGGCCGAGCCGAGUCGCGCUGCGCCACAGCCCGCCGCCGCCACCACCGCCGCUGCCGUCGUUCGCUGCCGCCGCGCUCGCAGCCUGUCAGCCGUCCCGGCGCGGCCCGCGCCCCGCCCCGAUCCGCCCCCGCGCCGCGGGACGCUCCAACAUGGAGGUGGGAGUGGGGCAGCGCCCGGGCCCCGCUGAGCGGUGAAAGUGGACAACGUGCCCAGGGUGCUUCCACACCCACAAGAGAUUUUUACAUCCCCAAUGCAAGCCAAGUAAAGCACAGGAGCAGAUGUCAGGAGGACAGGGUAGAGCUUAUGUGUAUGU